AUGCGAAAAAAUACGGUGGCUAGCUUGUUCCCAUCCUCGUGCUACCACUUAACAGAUGAUUGGACAAAUGGAUUGCCCGCUGACACAAUCUUCAAACAACCACAGACGGAGGAGGAUCGCUUUAUUGGGAUUGUUGACUCCAAGAAGUUCCUUCACAACCCCUAUAACGCGUGCACGCACUCAGCAGGCUGCGAAGCAGAGGCUCGUUACCGCAAGACGCUUGAAUCUCAAAUGGGACUUGAUGGAGGCGGUCUCAUGCUGUUUGAAACCAACGAGCAUGCGCCCAAUUUCACGCGCCCGGAGGUGGAUGGGGGCGGGAACCAAUUACUUCCACCCAGUUAUGUGAGCAGAGGGGAGAUAAUGACGGAGCCGUGUGAGGGCCCGCAACCAUCAAUGCGCAACGCGGACCUUCUGACAGAUGCAGAAGAGGAGCCACACGAUGGAUUUCGUACGCCACCCUCGACGCCCGUAAAAAACCGCGUUGGGGGCGUUGGACUACGCUUUCCGUCGCACCAUAGAGCCACAUCAGCCAUUUCUUUACUGACGCCUGCAUCAACCGUGCAACUUGAAAGUUGGGACGGCUGUGUGACCCCGCUGAAAGUGUCGAAGAACUGUGGCAUGCGGAAUCAGGAGAGUCGAUCAUUUGGUAUUGAGGGGGGCUGCAGAAGCAGCAGCCCCUAUAGCUGUACUCAGGGUGGUGAUACUCACCGGACAACGCCUAUCCUCAACGGCGCUGGAGUUGCAUCCCUUGGGUACGGGUCUAGGGGCAGUGAGGUUAUCAAUGCCGUUGCCACAAGCCCCCAUCCAGGGCGCAAUACAAUGCUUCAUUCUGCUGCUUCACCGCAACUUCGUACUCCUGUAAGAAAUGAAAACCACUUGUUACACACACCAACUCCGGGGGCGCAUAUAGGUAAUGCUACAGUUUCACAGAGUGCGAGUCCAGUUUCACGAAGGAGUGUGUUGUAUUCACAACACGUGACACCGCAUCGAAAACUUGAAAAAUGCUAUCGAGUUCUUGCCGCUGAAGGAUUAUCCUUGUGCGAUUAUCAGGGCCGCCCAAAUUUCAGUCCAUUAAGCUUGGGUUAUAUGGGUGCCAUCGUUGCGUUGCAACAAAGUGUGUAUCUCUGGCAGGAGUCUGGAGGAACGCAUCUUCUUUAUAGAACUUCAACUGAAUUUAUCCUUGUGACCGCCGUCUCCUCUUCCAGGCGACCCACUGAGGAGGGUGACCUCUACUUGGCGGUUGGUAUGAGUGAUGGGACUAUUGUAGUGUUAAAAUAUCAUGUAGGUGAUGGUGAUUCCAUUGUGUCUAAUGGAGUUCAGUCCACGCCAUUCGGCACCAUUGCGGGGAAAAGAAAUCAGACCUUCUUUAAGGGUUCCAUGUCUCACGUUAGCACCGUACAUGUUGUAGGACAUGGUUUGUACUCAGGUUGCAUGGAUGGGACUUUAACUGUUCGUAACCUUCGUGAUGGAUCUGUUGUUUGGUAUUCUUGUACUGAAGUUGAGCGGGAUUUGUUUUCCUACACGUUGUUUCAGGCUGACUAUUCUGUGGCUGUUGGGGCCCCCAUAUACAAGCUGGAAGUCACGCCUGAUGGGGAGCACAUUGCCGUUGGAACAACUGAUAGUCUCUUUGUUUACCAAACGAAUAGUAUGGGCCCAGGAAAUCGGACGAGGUGCCGAGUUGUUUUUUCUGGGGCUUCAAAACCUGUUCGUGCCUUCUGCUGGUGGGCACUUCCGUUUAACUCUUUAAAUGAUUAUGCGGCGGAGGCACACCAUAGUCCCAGUAGUGGCAGUAACUUUGACUUCCUGCACUCCAUUCUUAUUUACGGUGGUGGCCGUGAUGGGUCUGUUCUUUCUGCUUACUGUGUUGGCAGUCGUAGCCACAAGGCGACAUAUUGCCUGUCAGCCCCAAUUUUGGCUAUUGUGAGCAGUGAAACGUCUGAAGAGAUCAUUGUUUCUGUCGAUAUCCCCGGCAGCGAAGUGGGAUAUGUGCGCCAUCUGGAGGAACGUGGGCCUGCACCCGCCACACAUGGCAACGCUAACGUGAACGCUUAUGAUGUCAAUGGCGACCGCUUGGAAAACUUCAACGACUGGGGUUUUUCUGACUCCUCCGGUGAAGAAGAAGCCCUUCCUCACGUCUCAUACGUUGCCCAACACCACCCCAUUGCUUUUUCGCAGCAAACCCAUCACCGCAUCAAUGGUAAGUGUGCAGGCGGUAUUGCAUUGGGAAGUGCCUCGGCACAGGCAAGUCGUUUGCUUUAUGGCGUAGAGGCGACAGAGACACCACUGGCGUUGCCACACAUGCGCCCUCUCCAUUCUGAGUCUACAGAAGGAGGGAAGUUGCUGCAACUGUUUCAAUUGAAAGAUGGCGGCGCAACGUUGGAACGAUUAGGCGGAGUUGUCGGUCUAAAAGUUGCCUCGCUGUACAUGGCACUUUCUCCUGAUGGUUCGUUGCUUUCCACAGCUGGAAGCGAACUGAAGUUGCGCAUAUGGCGGGAUUUUAAAGCCAGGUUGCCAGAUCGUGGCGCUCAAUGUGACUUUCGCUGA